UUCGCUACCUGCUCGCGCCACGGAAUCCAGACGACAUCGCAGCGUCGCAGCUCUGCUCGUCGGCCGGGCUGUUGCUGCACAGGGGAAAUAUCGCGAGUCAUCGCUUUGUAUACCUUAUGAGUGUCUCACGUGGAUAACUUGUGCUCGUCGGCGUAAUGUGGAUAUGAUGCAAAGAACACAUUGCAAGGGACAUUCGACGUAGGACCUCGUUUAUUGCUAGUCGGUGGUGACUUGGCGGAGUCUGCUCUGGUCCAACGUGACAGUGUGCGUCAAAACUCGUUGUAUUGGAUGUGUUGUGUUCGGAAGCUGUUCCAACGUGUUUCUUUUGGAUAAAACGAACACCUACGGAGCGGAUUAAACGAGAACACUCGGAACCGCAAUCUUGGACAGAGGAAACAGGUGAUGUCUUCAGCUGCCGCUGCAAGUGGGUAUAUCUCUUCUGUUGACGUGUUUCUGCUACGCGUCCUUCAAUGCCACUUGAUCACGGCCGCAUGCACUGCAAGUAACACCUGCUACACAUGACGUGAAUGAAGACCCGCAAGUAGAGCAUGGACAACGACUCAGCCCACCCGAGGGCGAACAACGGCUGCCGGCCGGCCGACGACAUAGUGAAGACAAAGAAUGGUAACGGCUGCAUCUUUAGUCAUGACCACAAGGGCACCAACGGCGACGUUCUCUCCUGGAAGCAAAGCAACACCACCGCGCCUGCGGGCGAGCCCGCGUCCACAGACCCGGACACAGAGUGCGGCCUGUGGUUCUUCCGGCCGAAGUGGUUACAACCGUUGGCGAACAAAAAGGCCUUCUUGGCCGUCUUCUGCCUGACAAGUGUCCUACAGGGCAUGUAUUAUACGUACUUUGUGAGUGUGUUAACCACGAUCGAAAAACUGUACCAGAUACCUAGUAAGACGACCGGUAUCAUCAUGUCGGCCACGGAGAUCGGACAGAUUGGCGGCGCUCUCCUGCUCACCUACUACGGUGGCCAGGGGCAUAGGCCAAAGUGGAUCGCCUGUGGAAUGGUGAUCUUCGCCGUGGCAUCCAUUCUCUGUGCGACGCCUCAUUUCAUCUUCAUGGACGACUCCAUAGUGGCAACUCGUGCUGGUGCCAACGUGUCCGGGAUGUCCCGGGAUCAUCGGCAAAAGCUGUGCCAUAUAGCGGACGAACUGUUGCCCCCUGUGGCGAGGAAUUACGUAGACGUGACGAGUGACGUGCACCCGGUGGCGGACGCGCUGCGGACAGUGAGUUUGUGUGAUUCGUCGGAUAGGUCGCUCAAUCAGAACCGGAUAACACAUGUGGUGCUCUCGGUGUUCUUCAUUAGCUUGCUCUUCAUCGGCAUUGGCGCUACGGCGGUGUACACGCUAGGGAUACCCUACAUUGAUGAUAACGUGGCCACCAGGGAGUCACCCUUGUAUUUCGGAAUUACAAUCGGAGUAAGAAUAUUUGGACCCGUCUUUGGAUUUCUGCUGGGAUCCUACUGCACCAGUGUGUACGUCAACUUCCCUUUUGAGACCUCGAACCUGAGUCCUGGCAACCCCCACUGGAUCGGUGCUUGGUGGCUGGGCGUGUUCAUCGUGGGCGCGGCGCUCAUAGUGACUGCGGUACCCAUGAUGGCCUUUCCGCGUGUCCUGCCUCACCAGCGGUAUGUGCCCCGCGUCUCUAGUUACAGGGUGCAGCCUCCGCUCGAGCUCCACCGCAAUGGUGGUGGGUGCACCAAACGUCCUUCGCAAGCCGUCCAGCAGCCCCUCAUUCCGUCUCAGACACCAGCACUUCCUUCGCCGCUGUCGCCGACGAGAAAACGGCGCAACGAGAAGCCAGCCCUAAGAGAUUUCCCAUCCGCGAUACGACGCCUGCUGAAGAAUGAUAUUCUACUCUACCGGACUGCUAGUAGCGUUCUCCACAUUCUUCCUAUUGCUGGUCUCUACACGUUUCUACCCAAAUACUUGGAGAGCCAGUUCCAGCAGACGGAAACGAAUGCAAAUAUGAUCGUUGGUUUCGCCGGGAUACUGGUUAUGGGGGUCGGAAUCUUUGCCAGCGGGACAUUCAUGCGGAAAUUCAAGCCCAAUGCUCGCUUCGUGGCCAAAUGGAUAGCUCUGUCUGCCCUAGCGUAUUCCAUUGGCAUGGCUAUCCUGAUGUGGGUUGGAUGCCCCCUGGGCGACUACGUUGGACUCAAUGCCCACAACAAAGAUGCCACAUACAUGGCUGCAAGUUGCAACAGCUCCUGCGAGUGCAAGACUGGCCUCUUUUCACCAGUGUGUCACGACCGUGUUACAUACUUGUCCCCGUGUCUGGCAGGAUGCGCAAAAGCAUCUGGACCAGACGAACAGCCAAAUUUCAGUGACUGCCACUGCAUGAACGCAAACACGACGAUUACCAACGGCUUCUGCUCACUGGAAUGUAACAACCUCAUCUGGUACAUAAUCAUCUUUUCGUCUUUUGUACUCAUCCAUUCGACUUCGGAAGUGGGGUCCAUGCUGCUAACAUUGCGAUGCGUGGAAUCCAAUGACAAGGCUUUGGCCUUGGGUCUCAUACAGUUUGCAAUUGGUUUGUUUGGCAACGUGCCUUGUCCCAUCAUCUACGGUGCUGUUGUGGAUUCCGCCUGCCUCUUCUGGGAGGACAACUGUGGAGAACCUGGCGCGUGCCGCGUCUACGACCCCGCAAAAUUCCGCAUGGUCUUCCAUGGCGUAACUGCUGUCAUCAUGUUCAUCGCCUUCCUCGUAGACGCUGUGGUCUGGUAUAAGGCGAGUUCCAUUCAUAUCCACGAGGAAGAAGACGCUCCUGCGGUGGUCACUUCGGGUGCCGUGCCAGAAUCUGAGUCUGGUGUGUGAGACUGUCGUCUAUGUGCCAUUAUACAGCCAUACGACUGAAAAUAUUAGUGGUGCUAUGUUGCCAGAAUUGCGAGAACGUUUUUCGACGUGAAAGUGAACACAGCCACGCUGAGAACUGUUUCACUGUGCCUUUCACAUGGUAAAAGACGUUCGUAGUAGGAAAUGAUCUGGUUGCGUAUACCUCUUCGUCGACGUUGGACAUGUAUGUUGUUUUUUGAAGUCCUGUACUCAAGUACUUCAUUCGGCAACCAGGAGGAUGUCUUUUUCUUUUUUUUUUUUGCGCAUUUUUGUUGAAAAAACAGACUCGUGCUUGGUAUUUCGCAAAAUGCGUAUGCUGAAUCAUAUGGCAGGUUUACAACAUAGUUCUAAUGUAGAAGAUUUUUGCAGCCGGUACUGCAAGAGGAACGUUCACUGUUGUCGUCAAUGAUCCACAUUGUAAAAUAUUACCCGGUGUAUUGGGCUUCGAUGAAUUCAGCAAGACAUACAUACCUACUUUCUGCACGACUAGGUGGUGAAAAGCAGAAUGCAUAUUAUGCUGGUCAAUCCAAACUUUCCACUGCGAUCGGAACUCUGUAAUAGAUUCGUUAGUAGGGUUGUCAAAUGUUGUCUGUGCAAUUGCCUAGGUAGAAGUUUCUCACUGAACUGAUCACUGUAAUUUCCGCGUGCUUCUGCUUAGCAAAAGGGUAUGUGGUUUGUACAGAAGGCAUCGAGUUCUCAAACUGCUCAAAACAGUGGGCGUCACGUUGAAGAGAUUUUGUUUGAGAUUUAUUUAUUCUGUCCACCUGUAUAGAUCAGGAGAGGAAAAAAAUAGGGAGCACAUAACUUUCUGCUUGUUGAAGCCAUUCAAGGUUCCUAAAUUGCUUCCGUACUGUACUCAACUGAACUCUUAACUUUCAUGAGUAUGUAAUAUUCAUGCUCUCUCAGCUUUUCCUGUGGUGAUCAUGCGUAGGGCAAUCCCUUUCUCUUCCCUUGUGUUUAGGCAGUUUCAGUGCCAUCAACUGAAAUUUCCACAAUUUCUAACAUUAUACUGUCACGUCACAGCACAGGAAUCUAUCUAUUAGGCAAAAUGAGCCACACUGAUUGCCUCGUACACUCCGCCAUAACAAUGUUGAUUCAUGUUUGUGUAUUGUGCCAUUUUGACUUGCAUGACGACGUAAUAUAACUGAGUGUAUUCUAUUGUCAGGUGGAGUUCUCCAAAGCCACUACUACAGUGCAAUCACGUUAAUUCGAACUCGAAGGGGACCGAAAAUUUGUUCGAAUAGUUCGAACUAAAGGGGCUGUUCUGAAUGAUUGCUUGAUGCGUUCACACUAGCUGCAAUCAGACACGCAUCAUGGCUCGCUAAGCCUUGCCGCGCAUUCGUUGUCACGUGAUGCUGGUAAUGUAUGAGACUCAUUCAUUCCAAAAUAGGUAUUUACGGGCAAGCAUCAGAACAUCUUAGAGUAGAAAGUAAUCUGUUAUACGCGCUUGCAUUCAUUUCUUCAGCUACAACUCAAUCGACAUUGUUUGCGAUGUUGAGCCUUACUCAAUCAAGAACCCCAACGCGAAUAACGUUAACCCAAUUCGAGAAAAUAUCGUCUGUCAUUCACGCCUUUAUCAUCGACCCUUUCUUUUUACUUUUUUUUUGUUGUUGUUGAGUUGUUAACAGCAAGGCUUCUUGUUUUGCCCACCACGAGUAAGGACUUUUGUCAUCACUACGCCAGCAUCGCGCAGGGUGCUUCCGACCCGAUGCGAGUCUGGAGUCGGGGCCCGAAAAAAAAAUCGUUGUGCACGUUCAUGCGUUUGAAUUACCCUGCGUCUUCCCCCAUUUAAAUACAUAUGACAGCACAAGCACGAAUUAUCCGGAAGUUCGAAUUAAGAGAAUUCGAAUUAACGGGAUUGUACUGUAUAAAUAUCUUCAAACGGACACAGGUGGCAUGCAUAUCGAUGCUGUUUAUCUAAAUGCUACAUUAACAGAGCAGUAACAGACAACUUGGCAACCCGUGAUAACAAAUUACUAAUCGUAAAUGAGAUGCCCGCUGCAUCUUGUGCCAUUCGUGAAUGGAACACUUAUAUGCUGACAGAUAAUUCGUUCUAUACCUGUUGAAAUUGAAAUCGUUAACAUAACAAAGUGUCCCUCGCGCAUAAAAGAGAGCUUAAUGUAUAAAGUAUAAAUCAAAACCAGUCUUGAAUCACAGCUACUGUAGAACGUGCCCAAGGCAACCGCACUUGUAGAGUAGCCACUUGAGAGAUGCUGGUAUUAGAAACAAUGUUUGACAUGUUUUAUUUAUACAAAUAUUGAUGGUGUAUCGAUGUUAAUAAAAUUAUGUAAGAAGGACACAGAAAUCAAAAUGACGAAGAUGACUGCUGUUUUAUUCUCAGUAUACCACGAUCCAGUUGGUAGAUGUGAUCUGGUUCACGUGCUUUUGUAGUUUUUGUAGUGAGACUAUUAAAUGUGGCCAUAUUAUUUUGUUAUUUUUUUAAUGGCUAACAGCUCGUA